AUGGUGGCCUACUCAGCAGUGCAGGCCUCCAACGCAGCCAUCGCCCGCUGGCUGCCCGAGACCGUUGUCGCCGUCUUCGUCGGGGGCACAAGCGGCAUCGGCGAGUACACGCUCAAGGAGCUCGCCCGCGCGGCGCGCAAACCGCGCAUCUACAUCCUGGGCCGGUCGCAGAGCUCGUUUGACCGCAUCGCCGCCGAGUGCCGGCAGAUCAACCCCGCGGGCCGGUACGUCUUUGUGCAGGGCGACCUGAGUCUGCUGCGCAACGUGGAUGCUGUCUGCAAAACGGUGCAGGGUCAGGAAGAGGCCAUCAAUAUCGUCUUCUGGAGCGCGGGCACUUUGAUCCGUGGACAGAAAACGGCUGAAGGGCUUGAUCUUGCAGCCGCUUCGAGAGUCUACUCUCGCACGCGCAUCAUCUCAAACUUGCUCCCCCAGCUAGAGGCCGCGACCGGUCUGCGGCGCGUGGUCAGCGUGUCCACCGGCACGAGCGAGGGCGCCAUCGACUUUGCCGACUUUCAGCUCGUGCGCAGCAGCAGCAGCCUAGCCAAGCAGCGCGCGCACAACAGCUCGCUCAUCUCCCUCACAAACAUGCGCUUUGCGCAGCGGGCGCCGACCGUGGCCUUUGUGCACGACUACCCGGGGCACGUCCGGUCGGGCAUCAGCCGGGGCGCGACGGGCGUCCUCGGGGCCGCGCUCGUCGUCGUCCGCGCGCUGGGGCCGCUGCUCUUCUUCAAGCCCGAGCAGGAGAGCGGGCAGAGGCACCUGUACUACCUCUGCAGCGCGCGGUUCAGGGCCAGGGAGGGCGUCGAGGAGACGGUCCCGCUGGGGGAGGGCGUGGCGACGGCGCGCGGCGUCGAUGGCGUCGAGGGAAGCGGUGUCUACUCUUGCGAUGCGGACAAUGACGAGGCGCCGGAAAAGGUCGAGAUGGUCCUGGCGCGCCACAGGGAAGAGGGCGCGUUGGAGAGGGUGUGGGAGAGAAUACAAGAUGAUACGAAAGCUAUUCUUGGGGCCGCCUACUAG